AUGGUGCAGAGCAGGGAGCUCACAAAGUACCCCCUGGCUGUUGUAGCCAAGCUACUAGAUGCAUUUGGUGACAGUCUGGGUGGUGGUUAUGACAUUGGCUGUCAAUUUGAGACCACUCUCAAUAACAGCUCUGUUGGACCCCUUGCGCGCUCAUUCCAUCAUACUUGCCUGGUUGGUGCAUUUCACAGACAUGUGUACAGGCGAAUAUGUCAGCUUUCUUCAUUGACAACCUAUGUCAAAGGUCUUGGGAUCGAAGACCUGGAGACUUGUGAGCAGAUGUUUUCAAAGUCAAAUUCCCUGGCCUUGGCUCUAUGGUAUACUAGUGUCUUCCACCAUCAGCAGGCUAUUGAUUCAUACUUUGAGCAUAAUGACGAGCUUGAAAUAUAUGGGAACCUUACAAAUUUCUUGUACAAUAACUAUAAGUGUCAUAUGCCAUUCUGGACUCUCAACUCUAAAUCUGCUUCUCCAGAUAUCUGGAUCUGA